CGAUAUGUGUGUAUCGUACCUGCACUAUCAUCAAGUAGGUUCCUAUAUGUUGAUAAAUAUUUCGAGUACAUCAACCAAUGCUGUAACUGAUCUCGACGAAGAGCAGAAAAGAAAGAUUCACAUGCUGGGCGGAGCUCUGAUUUGGAUGGCUGUUCUCUCUGCCAGUUUCUGUAGUAUAUUCAAUUUAUUUGAAAAAGUCAUAACGACAAUUCUAGCUCUUAUCAUGUCCAAUCCUGUAAAUGGCUCGCGAAACCAAUCGCUUUGAUAACUCAACAAUUGUCACUACGUCAUUUUUAAGAUCAAUAUAGAGUUCCAUUGUACAAGUUGAAAUGAUUGACGAAGUAGAAGCUGUACAGGUGAAUACUGAAAUAAUAGACCAUGGAGAUAUUGGAGCAGAUGACGAUGAAGGAUCAGAUGGUGUAAUUGUGCCCGAGCUCCAAGGGACUUUGUCUAAGUGGACCAACUAUAUACAUGGAUGGCAGACCAGAUUCAUUGUGCUUAAAGAUGGCACAUUAUCUUAUUAUAAAUCUGAACAAGACAGUGGUUUUGGUUGCAGAGGUUCUAUCAGUCUUUUCAAAGCUGACGUGAAGGCUCAUGAAUUGGAUGAAUGCAGAUUUGAUGUGUCAGUAAAUGAUUGUUUAGUAUGGUAUUUGAGAGCUAAUAAUCCAGAAGAAAAAUUACGUUGGGUAGAUGUUUUGAAGUCCUAUAAGGCUGAAUCUGGAUAUGGUAGCGAAAACAGCUUGAAGCGACAUGGAAGUGCCAUUUCUUUGGUAUCAAAUUCACAAUCUACAGCAAGCGUAGGUAGUUUUAGUAAGCGAGGCUUUAGAAGUUUGAAGGAAAAAUUGGCAGAAAUAGAGACAUUCAAAGACAUACUGAUUCAGCAAGUCGACACGCUUCAAAAGUACUUUAAUGACUGUGCUGAAAAUAGUAAGAACUUGCAAGUUAAAGAUCCAACGUCGUCGGAAGACAAGAGCAAUGGGCUAAGCUAUGAUCCAGCUGAACAGGCGAUCGACUUCAAAGGUGAAGCCAUCACAUUUAAAGCGACAAGUGAAGGCGUAAUAGCUACACUGCAGCACUGUGUAGAUUUGAUGGUGCAACGCGAGGAAGCCUGGCGCAAGCGCUGGGAGAAAGAAAUGGAAAAGCAACGAAAAUUACAAGAAAUCUGCAGAUCACUGAAGGAUCAAAUAAUUACUAACGGUGGCGGUUCCGGACGGCCCAGAGUUGUCAUUCACGGUGGACCCGACUAUGAGGAGGGACCACACAGCGCUCUCUGUGACGAUGAAUUUUACGACGCUAUGGAGACCGGAUUGGACAAAAUCGACGAGGACAAUCAAAUAAAGGAUCGUUUGAAACAAAAGUCCGAGGCGAUUCUCACUACUCCAACUACACCAGCUGUUAAACAUAGACUUUGGCCUGAGAUUAACAAAACAACAUUAGAGCAAUUACAUUAUGCUCGACUUGGUGUAGGAGCGGGUGGUUGGCAACUUUUCGCCGAGGAUGGCGAUAUGCGAAUGUACAGACGUGAGGAAGAGAAAGACGGCUUAGUGGUUGAUCCACUGAAAGCAUGUCACGUAGUUAGAGGCGUUACCGGUCACGAAGUUUGCAAAAUAUUCUUUAGUCCGGAGUAUCGUGCCGGUUGGGAAGCUACUCUCGAGGACAUGACAGUGAUCGAGAAUAUUUCCAAGGACACUCUCGUUUUUCUACAAACUCACAAACGCAUCUGGCCUGCAAGUCAACGAGACGCGCUUUUUUGGUCACAUAUACGCAAGGUGCCAGAUGAUCAAGAUCCCGAUGCACAGGAUGUAUGGAUUGUUUGUAAUCACAGCACCGAAUAUCCAGAUUAUCCGCCAAAUACUGGAAAGUGUGUUAGAGUGUACUUGACAGUUUGCCUUGUUUGUCAAACACUCAUUGAUCCUCCCAAGAAAAAUGAACAUAUUAAGAGAGAGGAUAUUACCUGUAAAAUUACGUAUUGCUCAGUUGUAAAUCCCGGUGGUUGGGCCCCAGCGUCGGUUCUUCGUGCGGUCUACAAGAGAGAAUAUCCUAAAUUUCUGAAGCGAUUUACCAAUUUUUGUAUUGAUCAGUGCAAAGACAAGCCGAUUUUAUUCUAACUUUUGCUCUCGACUAUUUCUUUUUCUCUGUCUUUCUGCGAUAACGGUGAUGAAGCGCGACAUAUUUGGAUUAGUGAGAUGCCUAAGUGUUACAAUAAGCUGAUUAGUUCUACGCUCACGUUAUUAUAAUUUAAAAAUAAAACCUCUUUUUGCUCCGGUUUGUUAUUGAUAUUAUUAAAUGUUGUACGUACAAUUUAUUGUUCUACAGAUGUAUGAUUGACUUUUACAACAAAAACGAAUGCACCAGUUAUACACGUUUGAUGAACGGUGUUACCUCUUUUUGUACAUAAUAAGCAGACGCGCAGAGUUUUUCUGUCCUUUAACUGUUACAAACUUUUUUCAUGUGAAUACGUCGGCGUGACGUCCAGUUGUACAAAUUUUUCUGAUUGAAAGCAUCCAUUGCACUAUGUGUACCUAUUGUUACACUUUGCCAUACACAAAUUGUAUUAUAAAACAUUGCGAAUUGAAUUGUUAUUUUUAUUUAUAUAAAAGAAAAAGAAUAUGUAUAUUGAUGUGAAAAAACAGAUUGAUAAAAUAUGGAACAUAAUAAAGACUGUUAGCGUAUUGCUUA